GGUUUCUUUCCGGAGUGUUUUGGGAGUUUAGCUUGUUGACAAACUUCACCGGCUACCUUUCUCUAAUGUAGCAUUCACGCUAGCUAACAUUAGCUGUGUCUGGUGUGUUGUAAACAAACAACAAUAUGAAAGAGAAAGGUGGAAAGAAUUCACUGUGGAGCGGAUAUCUCUUUGGGAGUCAAGAUGAAGCUCACCGUGCCACUUCUACUCCUGGUCCUGCUCGUGGUCGCAGGGCUGAGCCGAGCCCAGGUCAAGACCUCUCUGCUGGAUUUGACCAACAGUAUCGGGAGCAUCCUUCCCAGUCUCAGCCGACCAGCAAACCACAGCCGCAUCUUCUAUGCAGUAAUGUUUGAUGCAGGGAGCACAGGGACACGCAUCCAUGUCUACACCUUCAUCCAGAGUGGCUCAGAGGAGCUGCCUGUUUUGGACAAUGAGAUGUUCCAUUCCAUAAAGCCCGGUUUGUCAGCAUAUGUCGACUCCCCUGAAAUGGCUGGACACACGGUGAAGAUGCUGUUGAAGGUGGCCAAGAAGACUGUGCCUCGUCUGGAGUGGAAGAGAACUCCAGUGGUCCUCAGAGCCACAGCUGGACUUCGGCUGCUGGCUGCAGAGAAAGCCCAGGCUCUUCUGGACCAGGUUCAACAUGUCUUUGAUGAAUCUCCUUUUUUGGUCCCAGACAACAGCGUCAGCAUAAUGAACGGCACAAACGAAGGAAUCCUGGCUUGGAUAUCAGUGAAUUUCCUUACAGGUCACCUGAAAGCACAAACCAAGAAGACAGUGGGAAUUUUGGAUCUGGGAGGAGGAUCCACGCAGAUCACUUUCCUGCCAAAACUCAGGAAAACCAUUGAAAGUGUUCCUGUUGCUGAUUACGUUGCCAGAUUUGACAUCUUCAACUCGACAUUUGAAUUGUACACUCACAGUUACCUUGGAAAUGGACUGAUGGCAGCUCGACUGGCCACACUUGGCGCUUUGGGUGUAGAAGGGUUGGAGUGGCGAGUUUUUAAAAGUUCCUGCCUGCCAAAGAAGUUCAGGGAUGAAUGGAGCUUUGGAGGGCUGACUUAUCAAGUGAGCGGGGAUCCAGAUGGUUAUGCAGGAUACAAGCUUUGUUAUCAGGAAGUACUUAAGGUGGUGAAGGGGAUUAUUCAUCAGCCCUAUGAGCUUCAAGACAGCAGUGUUUUCUAUGCAUUCUCCUAUUACUUUGACAGAGCGGUGGAUGCAGGCCUUAUCGAUGGGGUUCAAGGAGGGAUGCUGGAGGUCAGAGACUUCAAGAAGAGAGCUAAAGAGGUGUGCAAUAAGAUGACCAAGUACCCUCCCAUCAGUUCUUUCCUGUGUAUGGACAUGACCUACAUCACUUGUCUGCUCAAGGAUGGGUUCGGCUUCAAGGAGAGCACUGUGCUGCAGCUGACCAAGAAAGUGAACAACGUGGAGUCAAGCUGGGCUUUGGGCGCCACGUUGGACUACUUCCACAACCUGAAGAUCCACUAAGGAGAAGGGAAAAACAAACACUGCUGAUUUAGGUAGUGCUCAAUAACAAACACGAGUAAUGUGCACUGCCUUAUCUAACGUCCACAGACAU